AAUUUGAAAUAAAUGCAGUUCUACUUUGGUCUAUAUUGCAAGAAAUUGCUGAAUAUCUACAUAAUAAAGUUGAAGGACUAUCAGAAAACAUUUUAAAAGAAAUAAUAAAAAAAUGUUUAAUAGAUUAUCAAGAUCAAUCAUUGAACAAUUCGAAGAUAAACAUUGAUAAUUUAGUUUCACAACUUGUGGAUAUUUUUAAAUACCAAGCAGGUUUACUCAAUGAAUUUGGUCAUAAUAGUUUUCGAUUUAUACAUCGAACAUUUCAAGAAUAUCUGGCAGCUAAAAGUAUUAUCUAUUCUUAUGGUAGAGAAAGAUCUGAAGAUGUGAUUUAUGAAAAUAUUCGAAACAAAAUUGGUAUUCCCAAUUGGAGAGUUCCUCUUAGUAUGACAUUUGGAAUAUUAAGUCAAUCUGCUGAACAUAAUGAAUUAUUUAAUAAUAUCAUUAUAAGAUUGUUAAAAGAUGAAGAAACUUCAUCUAAUACACAAUCUUCUACACUUCUAGUACCAUUUGUCAUUAUUGAUUCAUUAAAUGAUAUGUAUUUUUUAUCAAUAGAAAUAGAAUAUAGAUUGAUUCGAAAAUUAGCUGAUAUGUUAUUAUUUGAUUAUAAAAAUAUGUCUGGUUUCUCUAGAUUAAAAGAACAUCAAGAAUUGAUUCAAUCAUAUUUCAUGAAACUAAAAAAUAAAUAUGAUAAUAAAAUUGCAGAAUGGUUUAUUGAAAAAAUAAAUCAUGAAGAAAAUAUUGCUGCAUGCGCCAAUAUUAUUUAUCAACUUAAAUGGUAUAAUCCAAUAUUUCAUGAAAUAUUUCUAAAAAAUUUACACAAUGAUUCUAUGAUUUGGAAUUGGCCGAUUGAUUCAAUUUUACAAUUUUAUUCAAAUGAAAUUAAAGAUGAAAAAGUUUUGAUUCAAUUAAAAUUCAAAGACAUAAUAAAUAAAAAUUCAAAACUAAUGAAUUAUAUUGAAAAGAAUGAAGCUUGGUUAUCUUUAAUUACAGCUCUUUAUGGAGGAUACAAAAUUUAUAGUACUCCAACAACAAUAUCAGAAUAUUAUGAAAUCGCUCAAUUUCUUAAUUUAAGUGAUAAUCAGAGAACUCCAUUUACCUUUUAUUAUCAAGAAGUGUGGGGUAGAGAUGAUCCAGCCUAUAGGAUGGCUGUUCAUCUUGAUACUGUUGUUCCUAAACAUCAUUGGAAUGAAAAACCAAUGUUUAACAAGAACGAAAUCUAUAAAGAAUCGUCGUUGACAACUAAGAUUCUAGAACUACUCAAUGAAGAAAAAUCUACAACAGACUUAAAAGAAGAAUUAAGAAAGCAAGUUGCUACUAAAAAUUUAAGUGCAAGUGAAAAAAUAGAUGCAUCCAUCGCACUAAUCGUUCUAGGAGAUUUUGAUUUCAUAAAUGCUGUUAUAGCAGAAGGAGAAAAAACAUUCAUAAAAUAUUUCAGAAAUAGAAUACAACAACUUAUUGAUGUAUUGAAAGAUCCAGUUGCAAGAUGCUCCUCACAUAUUGCCAAAUAUUUACUAAAAAUUUAUAAUGAUAUGAAAGUGAAUCAGUUGAAAUAUAAUAUUAGUUUUUUAAAUUAUUGUACAAUAUAUUUAUUCUUAAUAGCCAGCAGUGGAGGAUUACCAAUUGAUACUAAGAUAUUAGCUGAAGAAAUGAAUCAUAUUGAAGAUCAAUACAGUUUAUAUGCAGAAUAUUUUGCCUCUCAGAUUACUGGUGCUUUCGAUAGUUUCGAAGACAAAAUCACUGAUUUAUUGCAGAAAUGCAUUUUAUCAAGUAAAGUUGAUCAAAUCAUGAAAUCAUUUUUAAAAAUCAAUGAUGCAGUUCAAAUUUAUAGACCAGUUCGAGCAUAUCCAUGGGUCACAGACGUAUUUACUUUCAAAUCAAACAAUGAAAAUGAUAUACCAAUAACAUUUUUCGAUUGUUUGGAAAAUAUCAGUACAAAUAUACCAUAUCUAAUAGAUAGCAUUUUUGAGAUUUUCUUUAAAGAAGGAUAUUUUAAUAAAACACCUGAAUUAAUUUCAUUAGUUGUCUUAUUAUAUUUUGGAAUCAUGUCAAAAGACUUAGAUAGAUUUAAGAUCUACGAGAAAAUACUACCUGAAUUAGCUGAAAAGUCCGAUCCAAAAAGUUUUCUAUUUGAAAAAACUCAAUCAAUUAGUAAUUCAUACUAUAAAUCGAGAGCAUUAUAUCAAUUAGCUGAGUUUUAUGAUGAAAGAAGUUAUGAAUUGUUAAAUGAAUCUUUUACAUUAACAAAAAAAUGUUCAACAGGCAACUUUGAAGUUUCAAAUUUUGGAAAAGAUUUUUUGUAUUGUUCACUAUAA